AUGGCGCCCUCUUUCGAGGAGCCCACGCCGGCCUCCUUCGAUGCGCCGUCCAAGAUGGCACCGAAUCUCGUCGCUCCCGAGCCAGAACACUGCCCUGGCCCCGAGUCUGAGCAGGCCGGUAAAGGCGAUGCCUGCGCUGGCUGCCCCAACCAAUCGAUCUGUUCCACCGCCCCGAAAGGACCCGACCCCGAUAUAGCCAUCAUCACCGAACGUCUCGCGCAAAUUCGUCACAAGAUCCUGGUGCUCUCUGGAAAAGGGGGCGUGGGCAAAUCGACAUUCUCUUCCCUCCUUGCCCAUGCAUUUGCGGCGAACCCCGACUCGACCGUUGGAUUAAUGGAUACCGAUAUUACCGGGCCUUCAGUCCCGAAGAUGAUGGGCGUCGAGGCGGAGACCAUUCAUGUGAGCAACGCUGGAUGGAGUCCGGUGUGGGUGACGGAUAAUCUGGGUGCCAUGAGUGUGCAGUUCAUGUUGCCCAACCGAGACGAUGCGGUCAUCUGGCGGGGACCGAAGAAGAACGGUCUAAUAAAGCAGUUUCUGAAGGACGUUGAUUGGGGCGAACUGGACUACCUGAUCAUCGAUACGCCUCCCGGUACCUCGGAUGAGCAUUUGUCAGUCAACUCCUUACUGAAAGAAUCUGGCGUUGACGGGGCGGUUGUCAUCACAACGCCUCAGGAGGUGUCGUUGCUGGAUGUCAGGAAAGAGAUCGACUUCUGCCGCAAGGCGGGAAUUCGAGUCUUGGGGCUGGUGGAAAACAUGUCGGGGUUCGUUUGUACCGGCUGUGGGCACGAGUCCAAAAUCUUCCGGGCCACCACCGGAGGCGGCAAGCGUCUUGCCAAGAAAAUGGGCAUUCCUUUCUUGGGAUCCGUUCCUCUCGACCCCCGAGUGGGCAUGGCUUGUGAUUAUGGGGAGAGCUUUGUGGACAACUUCCCGGAUAGUCCGGCAUCGACUGCAAUCAAAGGGGUUGUGCGAUCGGUUGGCCAGCUUGUCGGCGAGGAUCCGGACGCCGUGCUACCGGAGGGAAUGAUGGAAUGA